GUGACUUCAGAGGAAAUUUCUGAAAAGUGCUUCAUAUCUUUUGAGGAUUUUUCUGAAGACAUUCAAACAAGGAGGAAGAGUCACUGAUCAGCAUCCCUGGAGAACAUGUUGGACAUGGAAACAAAUGGCAGACACCACUGACGUCUGUUGAGCCAGUGUGGUCACUUGAAGUGAGGACAAGUCAACAAUCUUGAAGAAAAAAGUCUCACCUUACUUCAGACUGUUUCUUGCUUGGACAUCAACAACUACAAGUAUGAGGUGACUUCUCCAGAGGAAUUUAGAAGAUAGCAGCUCUCCAGGGUAGACUGAAAUUUGCUUGAAUAUUCAUGAAAAGCUUUUAGGCACCAAAAUAUUCCUUGGAUAAAUCUGAAGGUUUUGAAAACUGACUUUGAGAACCUCCUCUGGACUAGAAUUAAGCAUUUCUGGUUGUUCUUUGGACAUAUAUAGCUUUUUAAAAUCCAUUUAACUGCAGAAACUGCUUUCAGACAACGUGUUGAUAUUUUUAUUUAUUUGCUACUGAAUGUGACAUAGGUGGUGACUUGUGAGCCAACUGUUUUCAUGUACUGCAGAAUAUUUUAGAUAAUCCUCAGGGGAUUCAAUCAAUCACCAUUGAUUAUAUUUGCCUUCUACUGAAUCACUAAUAAUCUAAAUCCAGAGGGAGAGGGGCUGGGAGGAAAGCAACCCUCAUUUAUCACCAGCUAGUCUUAGUCUUUGUUCAUAGAAUAGAAAGAUGGCACAGAAAGAAGGAGGAACAGAGCAGGGGCGUGUUAAGACAGGGGACAAUCUGGGGGCCAAAGCCAUGGCCGGGGCCCCUACAGCAGGCGGAGGAGUGGUGGUGGAGGUCAGGGAGAAGAAGGGACCUCUGCGGGCUGCAAUACCCACAAUGCCUUUCCCUCUUGCUGUCAUCUGUCUGUUUCUGAACACCUUCAUACCUGGACUCGGUACCUUCAUCUCAGCGUUCACGGUGCUGUGUGGAGCUCGCAGUGAGCUGAUCUCCGAGCGAGGUGUGUGCUGUGUGUUCUGGCUCAAUGUGGCAGCAGCCCUGAUCCAGAUACUGACGGCCGUUAUCAUGGUUGGAUGGAUCAUGAGCAUCUUCUGGGGAAUGGACAUGGUCAUCCUCGCGAUCUCUGAUGGCUGUAGAGACCAGGGUGUUCCCCAAGAUGUCUGAGAGACGUCGCUCUCAUGUUACCUGAUGGAUCAGGACACACCCUGAAGCCUGACAGCGACCUUUACCUUCGUGAUGACCUGUAGCUGACAACAGAGAGAGGAAGAGACAUGAUGAAAAUGGUUUAGUCAAAGUGAAUCAGAGAGACUGCCCUUUGUGAAAGUAUUUGAUUGCUGGCUGGUGAUUGGUCAACACCAGGCCACAUUUACAUUUACAAUUAAAAGAAACAAGAUGGGAGGAAGAGACUUCAACUGUACAGUCACAAGAAAUACAGUGGAUAUGAAUAACAAUGUGUUUUGUUGAGUGAUUCUAGCUGUGAUUUUUGAAUUCUGUCUUUCGGUAUUUUUUAUUUGAUCAAUUUGACUGAAACCACAAAUCUGUAAAAGCUGUAGGUCACCAACAUAUUUCCUACAGGACAUGAUGGAAUAAAUGAAGAACAAAAGACGAUCCAUUAGCAUGAGGACGUGAAAUAAUUAAGACACUGAUUUGCCAGCUUUGUGUUUUUGGCUUGUGCAUUUUUGCCAGAACCCAGUUGAACAAAAUAUAGAGAAAAAACUACUUCAGCAAAUGAUAUCCAUCCAUAACAAUGUUGCUGUGACAGGUGUAUUUGGCUCAGUGAUGAAUCAUAUGUCAUUGGGCUCAAAACACAAACAGAGUUUCCACUGCCCCUGAAUUGGCUGCCUGGUGCAGCUGCCACUCUGCUUAAAGCAGUUUAUUUCAGUGUUGAUGUUUAUUGGAGAGUUUACUGUUUCAAAAACUGACUUUAGCAUUAGCCUCUAGUGUGUUUUAGUGGCCUUUCUAUUGUGAUAUCGACACAAUUUUGCUGGUCUGAAAAGGUACAAUAUAUUUAACUUUAAGGGGUUUGAGGUUCUCAUUCUUAAACAUGUUGCAUCUUCUCUAAACGGUGAGGAAAACGGUGUUUACUGCGCACAGAAUCAGCAUUUAUUCAAGCAAUGAGUGUGGAACAAACAUGUAAUCAAACUAUAAAUGUCUCUGAUACUCUAUAUUCAGCGUAGACAGUUUAAAUGAUAACUUGAUUAUGAUGAAGGUGUUAGCAACCCUUCCAUUAGUCUUAACAGUAGGUACAACACAACGUUUCAAUAGCAAUCACAUCUUUAACCUGCUGUAUCUCACUGUUGGUCACAAGAUGCAUGGUAUCCUGAAAUGUCAGGGCUGUGUGUAAAAAUGACUCAUCCUUCCUGAUAAUUAUUAGAUUUGUACUGUCGUACCUCUUUAAUGUGUAAAUCAGUGUCAGAACGAUAUCACACAUUAUUAACGUUGUAUCUAAAUAGCAGGUUUCAAAAUAUCACCUCUCAUUACUGGCCUCACUGGGGAACUAUAGUAACCACCCUGUCUGUCACAUCACGACUUUAAGAUUCAGUUACAGUAAUGUCACUGAGGCAUGUGACUAGGGUGCAGUGUUUGAAUGGCUAGUUUUGGCUCAUUUACAUUGAUUGAUGAGAGUCACUAAGAGUCAUCAGCUCCCAUAAGAAACCCCAGUAGAAAUAGUAACAUAAUAAAAUCUUAAGGUUGUUGAAUUCACAGUUGUGUCGAGUACAAAACCAAAAUGUGUAAAUUAUCUAUAUAUCGAUGUGUGUUUGUGUGUAUGACUGAUUGUGUGUAAUAUGGAGACUGGGGAAUACUAUAUAUGCUGUGGGCUCAGUAUUACUAUAUGGGAGGGUGUUUAGGUCAUAAAUGAUGUUCUAAACUCAUAAAGUUGUAAUAUUUAACACAACAACUGCCUUGGAAGUGUUGAUCCAAACAAGGCUUUUCCCAUGAUGCCACAUUAGCUUUCUAAGAUACUGUAUCAUUGGCUUAUUUCCCUGAAAAAUAUCCAAGAGUAUCAAAAGUCAAACAGCCUUAAAAUGAAAAGAAUCAAAACAGUUAGCGUGAGCCAUAACACUGAUGGAAAGCAGUAAAUCAAAAUCACUGCAAGUGCGUUUGCAGGAAAUGAGUGCUCAGCUCAGUUACUGCCCUACAGCACAUUGAUAUAUUGGACAGAUUCUGCAAAUGUAGGGCAGCAUUUCUGGGUAAAAGUUGAGAUAAAUUCAUUCAUAAUAAAAAAAGUGUUUGUGCCUCAAUAGAAAUCAAACCUUAAUUCACGCUGUGAUUUUUUCCUCCUCUUCAUCUGUUUUUCUACUGGUGAUUUUUUUUCCCUCAGUUAACUCUGUAGGGUUUCAUUCAUUAUCUUAGCCAAAUGCCUUUUUGAGAGCUCUACUCUAUUUUUGAAUGACAACACUAAUGUUUUUACGUUUUGACUCUGUGUAUGUUGUACAGUUUUUGUGUGUGAGAAAGAUAACGUCUGUACUUCUGAUAUUUUAUGCCUUACAAAUGACCAGUGUUCUCCCAUAAGUGUUUCUGUAGCAGUGGUGCUGGAGUUUCUUUACUUUGUUUGGGUUGGGCGCAAUUUAGAGAAUAUGACAUAUUGUUAUUUAAACACUUUAUUAUAAUCAACCUUUCAGCCCUAAACACUGAUUCUGUUUCAGGGUCAAUAUUGACAAAUUGUAAUGUUUUUUUCCAUGACGAUGGUGUUGUGUUCGCUUUUCGAUUGUAGAAUGAACAUACUGCCGUGUACAGUUUUCUGCAUGCAUAUCUUUGGUGUUAAACGACUGUACAGAGUAACAUACACAUGCACACACAGACUAACUUAACUAUUUUAAGAUUGUAGCUUUAUUCUGUGACUUUGCAAUAUUGAUUUUAUUUUAAGCCCUUUGAGGUGACUGAUACAAAUUCUUGCGAUUAAAAGCAGUUUUGGUUCUACUUACUGAAUACCUGUGAUGUAUGUGUUUUGUUUUUUUUGUUUGUUUUUGAUAUAAUGUGAAUCAGUAUUGCUCGUAAUUAAUA